AUGGAUAGGACAAGGCUGCAUAAAGAGGAAAGAACUGUGACAUUUACUACAGCUGCCAUCCAGAACGGCAUGAAUUUGGUUGUGGUUUCGUUCCUGAUAUGCGCACAUGCCCCAACGGAGGAAAAGGACGAUGCCACCACCAAGGACGCUUUCUAUGCGGAGCUCGACCGAGCUUAUGGCCGCUGUCCUUCCCAUGACAUUAAAAUUCUCCUCGGGGAUUUUAAUGCCAAGGUAGGACGAGAAGACAUCUUUGGUGCCACCGUCGGGCGAUUUAGUCUACAUGAGACCACCUCGAGCAAUGGUCUCAGAUUAAUAGGCUUUGCAGCUGCGCAUAAUAUGGUAGUUCGUAGUACCGGAUUCCGUCAUUUGGACAUCCAUAAGGCAUCUUGGCUCUCUCCCGAUCGACUGACCAGAAAUCAGAUCGAUCAUGUUGUGAUCGAUGCAAGGCACGCAUCUAACAUACUCGACGUACGAUCCUGUCGGGGUCCCAACAUCGACUCCGACCAUUAUCUUGUUGCAGCUAAGAUUCGCACACGGCUAUGUGUGGCGAAGAUUGCACGUCGAAGUGCGUUAAGAAGGCUGGACAUCGGAAAGCUGCAAUCACAACAGGCGAAGAAUGCAUUCUCCACUCACGUCUCGGGGCUAUUAAGCCGAGCACCUUCAAUACCUCAAGACAUAAGCGAUAUGUGGGCGCUCAUAUCUCACUCCCUGCGAGCUUCGGCAGAAGAGGUGCUUGGAUUCCAGCGUCCUCUAACAAGGAAUCCAUGGUACGAUCAGGAGUGUCGUGACGCAACAGCUGCAAAGGACGCCGCCUACAGAAGAACACUGCAGGCUGGGGCGACACGAGCUAUUGUGGACGUCUACAGGUUGAGAAGAAGACACGAAAAACGCCUUUUCAGACGCAAGAAGAAAGAGCAGGAAAGGCGAGAGUGUGAGAGCAUAGAGAGCAGCAGAUGCAGAAAUGAAGCACGUAACUUCUACCAGAGGGUCAAGCGUCUGACCCAAGGAUUAAAGUCUGGUGCAGUGGCGUGCAGGGACGAUGAUGGAAACCUUGUCACAGAAGCAGAGGUCGUGCUGAGGUUAUGGAGGGAUCACUUUUCGAGUCUGUUAUCUGGCUCAAGCACAGACUCUGAAGAUUAUGAUCCACGAACCCCAAUCUAUGGCACUGAUAUUGAAGUGCCAAUCCCAAGUCAUAUCGAAGUCAAGGAUGCAAUCCAACGGCUUAAGAACAACAAGUCUGCAGGUGCUGACGGCCUGCCGGCAGAACUGUUUAAGGCAGCUGGUGAUAUGUUGGUAGGGAGCAUGCACCAACUAAUCAGUAAGAUAUGGCUCACGGAGAGCAUGCCCGAAGAUUGGAAUCUCAGCAUGAUCUGUCCCAUCCUGAAGAAGGGUGAUGCCACGGUGCGCACCAACUACCGCGGAAUUAGUCUUCUUCCAGUUGCGUACAAGGUCCUAACGAGCGUAUUGUGUGAAAGACUGAAACCCCAUGCUGAAGCACUGAUUGGACCUUAUCAGUGUGGGUUCAGGCCUGGCAAGUCCACUGUUGACCAGAUUUUCACCUUGCGCCAAAUCCUGGAGAAGUCUUACGAAAACCAGAUCGACACGUACCAUCUCUUCGUCGACUACAAAGCUGCAUUUGAUAGCCCCCGGCGAGAUCGCCUAUAUGCCGCCAUGUCUGAGCUUUGGUAG